AUGGAAUCAUCUGAUCUUGUUGGUAUUUUAUUUGUCAUGAAAAUUGAUCCAUCCCUGGCGUCAACACCAUUUGCUGAUAUUCGUAAUGUUAGUUAUUUCGAAGGAGAAGAAGAAAUUCUUUUCUCCAUGAAUUCUAUUUUUCGUAUUGGGCCAAUAAAACAAAUUGAUGGAAAUAAUCGUCUUUGGCAAGUUGAGUUAACAAUGACCAGUGAAAACGAUCCAGAUUUGCAUGCACUUACUGAGCAGAUACGAGAAGAGACUGAAGAAUCGAAAGGAUGGCUUCGAUUAGGGACAUUUAUGGUAAAAAUGGGCCAAUACAACGAAGCGGAAGAUUUAUACAGAAUAUUGCUUGCUCAGAGAAUUAUUGAUGAUGAGAGAGGAAGUGUCUUUUAUCAGCUCGGAAUAAUCAAGCUUCGCAAAGGAGAAUAUGCAAACGCGCUCACAUAUUAUGAAAAAUCGCUGAAAAUUCGUCGAAAAAAUCCUUCAUUGCAACAUCCGAAUGUGGCUGAGUGUUACAAAGAUAUAGGUGUGGUGUAUGAAAAGAUGGGAGACUAUUCAAAUGCACUUUCAUUUCAUCAAAAAGCACUGGAUAUCUACCAGAAAACUAUUUCUUCAAAUCGUCUAGAGUUGGCUACUUCUUACAACAACAUUGGCUCGCUCUAUGACAAAAUGGGUGACUAUUCGAGUGCACUUUCAUCUUAUCAGAAAGCACUGAAUAUUCUUCAAAUAACUCUUCCCUCGAAUCAUCCUGAUUUGGCUACUUUAUACAACAACAUUGGUUCGGUUCAUGCAAAGAUGAGUGACUAUUCUAAUGCACUUACGUAUCAUCAAGAAGCACUGGAAAUCUACCAAAAAGUUUUUCCUUCAACUGAUCCCAUUUUGACUACUUCUUACAACAACAUAGGUGCGAUAUAUGAGAACAUGAUUGAUUAUUCAAAUGCACUUUCAUUUUAUCAAAAAGCAUUGGAAUGUAAACAAAAAACUCUGCCUUCGAAUCAUCCUGAUUUGGCUACUUCUUACAAUAACAUUGGCUGUGUAUAUGACAACAUAGGUGACUAUACCAAUGCACUUUCAUCUCACCACGAAGCACUGAAAAUCUACGAAAAAACUCUUCCUUCAAAUCAUCCUGAUUUGGCUACUUCUUACAACCACAUUGGUUUGAUAUAUGCAAAAAUGGGUGACUAUUCAAAUGCACUUUCAUAUUAUCAAAAAGCAUUAGAAAUUGAACAACAGAAUUUGCCUUCAAAUGAUCCUAAUUUGGCUACUUCUUACAACAAUAUUGGUUCAGUCUAUGAUAAAAUGGGUGACUACUCGAAUGCACUUUUAUCUCAUCACAAAGCAUUGAAAAUCAAACAGAAGACUCUUCCUCCUAAUCAUCCUGAUUUGGCUACUUCUUACAACAACAUUGGUUCGGUGUAUGACAAUAUGGGUGACUAUUCAAAUGUACUUUUAUUUUAUCAAAAUGCGCUGAAAAUCUACCAACAAAGUCUUCCUUCAAAUCAUCCUGACUUGGCUAGUUCUUAUAACAAUAUUGGUUUGGUGUAUAAUGAUAUGGGUGACUAUUCAAAUGCACUUUCUUUUUUUGAACGUGCUGUUGAAAUUGGACAACAUUUACUACCACCAAAUCAUCCUAGCCUACAACUAUGGAAAAAAAACCUCGAAAGCGUGAAGAGGCAAAUGUAA